UUCCACAGUCUGUAUAAGACACCUGCCGUUUGCAGGUGACACGCUACACACCCGAGCAACAUCGCACCACAUGUCUGCGGACUAGAUCUGCUGCGCUGCUGCUGCGGAGCAAGUAUGGACUUGCUACUGCCAACAGAUACACAGAAACGCUGCUUCAUGUCCAGCUGGCUGAAGGACGGUGAGGUGUUGGAGGGGACAGGCAGCGGUCAUAUGUCCCCCAGAUCCAGACUGAGGAGCCCCUUGCCUGGUCGAAAGUCAAGGUUACAGUCAUCCAGCGAAGCGCCCUCUCCUGGCUCAGACAGGCAGGACAGAAUGAGCAAAGCUAAAGAGCUCUUUGAGCUCUGUGAUAAAGAGGGGAAGGGAUUCAUCACGAAGAGAGACAUGCAGCGGCUACAGCAAGAGCUUCCUCUGUCUCCUGAGCAGCUGGAAUCAGUGUUUGAGAGUUUGGACAGAGACAAAAAUGGUUACCUUACACCCCUCGAGUUCCACACGGGCCUAGGAGAGCUUGUUGGUUGCGGGCCGGAGGAGAAAACGAGGAGCGGAGAAGAACAGAUAGUCGGAGAGGAGCGAGUAGAGCCGACAGAGAUCCGAUUCACACACAUCCUCAUGGAGCUGGGAGCUGAUAAACUCUUCAAAGAUCAGUGGGAGUUGUGUACUCUGUGGAAUGAGCUCCAGAGGGACAAACCUGAGCUGCUGGGUGUUUUGGAGGAGGUUCUUUCCUACACUGUCUCUCAUCUUCAGGACGCACUCAAAGAAAGAGACAAUUUAGAACAGGCAUUGCGCAGGAGAGAGGAAGAUCAUGACAGAGUGGUUCGGUCUAUGUAUGAAGACAUGGAGACUCAGUUAAAAGAAGAGAGAGAGAAACGACAAGCUCUGGACAGCAUGAGGCAGGGAGACAAGAAAGAGCAGUUACUACAGGAACUGAGGACGCGAGAACAAGAGCUUGAGUUCACACUCACCAAACAGAGAGAGUUGGAGAGCAGGAUCAACACUCUGAGCAGUGAUCAGGCUGGCGCUCGUGGGGAGAACCGCCGACUGCACAACGUCAACCAGCAACUGCGGGAUCAACUUGACCAGAGCCGAGAGGAGCUUCAGCACGCUCUGAGCCAACUGCAACAACUACAGAACACCAUCAAACAACAGCAGAGGGGCAAAGAGAGAGAAGUCCUGAAAGUGUCCCGAAACAUGCAGAAGGAACGGGAAAGCCUCAUGAGACAGCUGGACCUGCUCAGGGACAUGAACAAGCGUCUUCGGGAUGAUAAAGAUGCCCAUCAGACACAGAAGAUGACAGCGCAAGUGCAGAACCCUUUGGAGAGGAAGGAAUCCAUACUGGGCAACUAUUUCCCACCAAGGAAAUCAGCAAAGAGGCAGCUGAUGGAAACCUCAUAUGACGAAGCAGAGGAUUCAGACACCUCGCUAACAGAUUCAAGUCCAAAGAGACUCUCUAUAGCUGAACAGAGAGAAGACGAAACUACAUGCCAAUCAGAGAAAACCACGAGCGUAACGUGUGAUCCUCAGCGUGUGUUUAAGGUGGUGUUUUUAGGAAACUCUGCGGUGGGAAAAAGCUCGUUCAUCCAUCACUACUGCAGCGGUCACUUCCCCAACAACAUGGCCUCAACUGUGGGAGUGGAUUUUCAGGUUAGGAGCGUGAUGCUUGAUUCCACACCAGUCGCUCUGCAGCUGUGGGACACCGCAGGACAGGAGAGGUUCCACAGCGUCACGCAGCAGUAUUUUCGCAGGGCGGACGGAAUCAUCGCUAUGUAUGAUGUCACACAAGAGACGUCGUUCACGGCUGUCCGCCAUUGGUUGGAUCAGGUGCAGGAAAAGAUGUCUGAGGGGGCGUGUCUGAUGUUGCUAGGCAAUAAGACAGACCUGGCGAGUGCAGACAGGCGGGAGGUGACUGGAGCACAAGGCCGCAGACUGGCGGAGCAGUACCAGGCUGAGUUCUAUGAAUGCAGUGCUAAGAGUGGACACCAGGUGGAAGAGGCCAUGAACCACCUAACCAGGUUACUUGCCUCACAGCAGGACAAUCAGUGCGAGUCUGCGCUCCGCCUGGACGCCUCUGCCAACAGAGGGCGCUGCUGCAAAUAAUCAUAGCGUCACUACAGAAUACAGCGAAAGCUUGACUCAUGAAUAUUAAUUACGUAACUCUACUGGACGCUCACAACGGAUUAAUAUUCAUAAGCUACCUCGUGUACCUCUGAAUGUGCUAAAUUUAAAAAAAAAAAAACAUUUUCAGCUAGAUAUGAAGCAGUCUGUUACACAAAAUGAUGUGUAGUGCAAUGUUAAAACUGUAUAUGUAUGUAUUUUUAUAAUAAUUAUUAGUAUUAUUUUGUGGGCUUGGACAAUAAAUGUGAUAUUAACAUUUUUCAUGAAA